GCACAUUGAUCAGCACGAGCUACCUCAUGCGCACUGCAGAGAUCUCCACCGACAAUUAUAUGGAGAAAACUUUCGAAUCUCAUCUCGCGAAUGCUCUGGAUCGAUCGGCGCUGCUUACUUAUUUACCCUACCAUAUCUCUUGCAGUUGCAGCGACAAUGGAGGUCCUCAGACCACUCGCUGGCCUAUGCGUCCUGCUCGGAUUCGUCGCCGCCGCGUUGGCCACGGAGGUGGAUAUCGAGGCAGUGGACGCGCGGUCCUCCUACAUCGUGCACGUCGCGCCAGCGCACGCGCCAGGGCUGCCGCGCCGCGGCCUGCGGACCACCCGGGCGUAUGGCUCCUUCCUGCGCGACCACAUCCCCGCCGACAUCUCCACCCCGGCGCCGACGGUGCUCUACUCCUACGCGCACGCCGCCACGGGCUUCGCGGCGCGCCUCACGGGGCGCCAGGCCGCGCGCCUCGCGUCCUCUUCCUCCGUGCUCGCCGUCGUGCCCGACGAGAUGCUGGAGCUGCACACCACCCUCACGCCCUCCUUCCUCGGCCUCUCCCCGUCCUCCGGGCUGCUCCCGGCGUCCAACGCCGCCUCCGACGUCGUCAUCGGGGUCAUAGAUACCGGCGUGUACCCGGAGGGCCGCGCGUCCUUCGCCGCCGACCCGUCGCUGCCGCCGUUGCCGCCCGGCAGGUUCCGCGGCGGCUGCGUCUCGGCGCCGUCGUUCAACGGCUCCACGCUCUGCAACAACAAGCUUGUCGGCGCCAAGUUCUUCCACAAGGGGCAGGAGGCUGCGCGUGGCCGUGCGCUCGGUGCGGACUCGGAGUCGCCGCUUGACACCAGCGGCCAUGGCACACACACCGCCUCCACCGCCGCAGGCUCUCCUGCUGCCGACGCAGGCUUCUACGGCUAUGCCAGAGGAAAGGCCGUCGGCAUGGCCCCGGGCGCGCGCAUCGCCGUCUACAAGGCGUGCUGGGAGGAAGGCUGUGCGAGCUCCGACACCCUCGCCGCGUUCGAUGAGGCCAUCGUGGACGGCGUAGACAUCAUCUCUGCCUCGCUCAGCGCCUCCGGCAAGCCCGCAGAAUUCCACGCCGAUAUGAUCGCCGUUGGCGCGUUUCGGGCCGUCAGCAAAGGCAUCGUUGUCUGCGCCUCUGCUGGGAACUCCGGCCCCGGAGAGUACACCGCCGCCAACAUCGCGCCGUGGUUCUUGACGGUGGCCGCGUCCACCGUCAACCGCCAGUUUCGGGCUGACGCCGUCCUCGGCAACGGCGAGACCUUCCCGGGCACCUCUCUUUACGCGGGGGAGCCGUUCGGCGCGACCAAGGUGCCACUGGUCUAUGGAGCGGACGUGGGCUCGAAAAUAUGCGAGGAAGGGAAGCUGAACGCCACCAUGGUAGCCGGGAAGAUCGUCGUGUGCGACCCCGGCGCGUUCGCCCGUGCUGUGAAAGAGCAAGCCGUCAAGCUCGCCGGCGGUGUCGGAGCUAUCUUCGGUAGCAUCGAAUCAUACGGCGAGCAGGUCAUGAUCAGCGCCAAUGUCAUCCCCGCCACGGUCGUCCCGUUUGCCGCCUCCGAAAAGAUCAAGAAGUACAUCAGCACGGAAGCAUCCCCUACUGCGACGAUCGUGUUCCGGGGCACCGUUGUCGGUCGACGCCGGACGCCACCGUCCCCUAGAAUGGCGUCCUUCUCAAGCCGCGGGCCCAACUUCCGCGUGCCGGAGAUACUGAAGCCGGACGUGACCGCGCCCGGCGUGGACAUCCUCGCCGCAUGGACGGGCGCCAACUCGCCCACCGGCCUCGCCAGCGACGCUAGGAGAGCACAGUACAACAUCGUAUCGGGCACGUCCAUGUCAUGCCCACACGUGAGCGGCGUCGCUGCUCUGCUCCGGCAAGCGAGGCCGGAGUGGAGCCCCGCCGCUAUCAAGUCCGCCCUGAUGACGACCGCGUACAACGUGGACAGCACCGGCGGCGUCAUCGGCGACAUGUCCACCGGAGCUGCGUCCACGCCGUUCGCGCGCGGGGCCGGGCACAUCGACCCACACCGCGCCGUGAACCCGGGCUUCGUGUACGACGCCGGCACGGAGGACUACGUCGGCUUCUUGUGCGCGCUCGGCUACACCGCCGAGCAGGUCGCCGUGUUCGGUUCGUCCGCCAACUGCUCGGUCCGCGCGGUCUCCUCCGUCGGCGACCACAACUACCCGGCAUUCUCGGUGGUGUUCACCGCGGACAAAACGGCAGCCGUCAGGCAGCGCCGCGUCGUGCGCAACGUCGGCGGCGACGCCAGGGCCACGUACAGGGCCAAGGUCACCGCUCCGGACGGCGUGCGCGUCACGGUGACCCCCCGGACUCUACGGUUCAGCGCGAGACGGAGGACACGGAAGUACGUGGUCACCUUUGCACGGCGAUCCUUCGGGAGCGUCACGAAGAAUCACACGUUCGGGUCCAUCGAGUGGACCGAUCGCAAGCACUCGGUGACGAGCCCCAUCGCCAUUACCUGGCCGGUGAGCCAGGUUGCGGAGAUGUGAAUGUGAAUGGCCAUUGGUGUGUGCCACGGAGGUACACCGUGCACGGCGCUGGAUCAAGAGCUUCGAGGAAGACGACGAUGACCACCCUGAGCUUCUAGGAAGACGACGAUGGCCCUGGGCUACAACGCCAACGCUUGGACGCUAGAGAGUAGAUGUCUUCUAGCAAGAUUAAGGUGUGGUCCGUAGUCGAGUAGGGCAAGUUGACAUGAGCCACUAAACUAAUGGUGUAGCUGAGCUACCCUUGAGAUGAAAAGAGGCCAUGUUCUCCGUCCUCUAAUCACGUGGUCAAACAUACAGUACAAAGUUAUCAUUGCAAUUGUUAAUACUCC